CCUCCUCACCCAGCCCCUUGCUCCUCGCCGGAGCUUCCUUCCCGGCUUCCAUCUCCCCGCAGCCUUCUCCAGAGGAGAAAAAAGAGGCGGAAAGAAGCGAGCGUAAGAACGGUCGCGGGUCCCGCCGCGGGGAGAGGAGCGAGAGCGGGGCGGCGGCGGCGGCAGAGGAGGCUCCUCCAUCAUGUCGUCGGGCGGAGACUUCGGCAACCCGCUGCGGAAAUUCAAGCUGGUGUUCCUGGGAGAGCAGAGCGUGGGGAAGACUUCCUUGAUCACCAGGUUCAUGUAUGACAGCUUUGACAACACCUACCAGGCAACAAUUGGCAUCGACUUCCUAUCGAAAACCAUGUACCUGGAGGAUCGAACAAUCAGGUUGCAGCUGUGGGAUACCGCGGGUCAGGAACGUUUCCGUAGCCUCAUUCCCAGUUACAUCCGUGACUCUGCUGCUGCUGUAGUAGUUUACGAUAUUACAAAUGUCAACUCCUUCCAGCAGACAACGAAAUGGAUCGACGACGUCCGAACGGAAAGGGGCAGCGACGUCAUCAUCAUGCUGGUGGGGAAUAAAACAGACCUAGCAGAUAAGAGGCAAGUGUCCAUUGAGGAAGGAGAAAGAAAAGCCAAAGAGCUGAAUGUAAUGUUCAUUGAAACUAGUGCAAAAGCAGGCUACAAUGUAAAACAGAGAAGGGCUCUUUCUGCAUUCCUUGGCUAUGGGGAGCCCACAGUCACCCAGAGGCUGCCCCCUACGGAAUCUCCCGUCAUGCCUUGCGCCCCCGCCCCCUCACGGCUCCCGCCGCACUACAGCUCCCAGCAGGCAGCGCACCGGCACUACACUUCCCAGCAUGCCCCGCGCCCCUAG